AUGGAGGAGACUUUCAGUGAGGUGGCAGCUCGCGCCUCAAUCCUGGCGCAGGCUUCGCAGCAAGCAAAGGCGAGUGCUGCCUCGCUAGUUCCUCCAAAGGGCCAACUUCUGCAGGAUAAGGCAGAGACUCAGUUACUCCCCACUGCGUUGCCAUCAGAAGAUGUGCAACUCCCGGGCGAAGAUGGUGUCGCCGGUGUUGCAUCGGAUCCCUCGUUCCCCGCCACAGCAGUUCCUGAGCAAACGGCGUCGGAUGGGGAGCACUUACAAAGGGAACUUGAGGAGUUAGAUUUUCGGAGAAAAGACAGGUUCGCUGACGCCUCAGAACCGGAUGAAUUGCCAGGAAGGCGAAGCAGGCGCCACACUGAGUGGUGCCUCGGCUGUGACUGCUUGGAAAAGGCGAAGAACGCGGUGUUGCGGCUGGUUAUGACGGGUUUUGAAAAGUACGCGAGCGUGGUAUACGAUUACCCUUGGCUUUUCAUCGUCCUGUCGUUGCUUGCUACGGCGGGCAUGUCGGCCGGCAUCUUCCUCCGCACACCUGAAUCGGACGCCUACACCCUGUACAGUCUGUCAGGCUCUCCAAGUCAAGUGACAAAAAACCAUCUCCUCAGCGUUAUGCCGCCAGAUCGCCUCCUCUUCGUGUUGGUGACCGGAGAAACUAAUCUCGUUACGACGGAAACGCUGUCGCGCGUGGACACGCUUCUCCAGGGCAUCGACAGCCUCACUUUAGAGCGCGACUCUGUGACAACGGACGAGUUUAACCACAAGCUUGUCGACCACGACCGGUCGCCCUUUCCGGAAACAAUCACCUUCGCCGAUGUCUGUUCAAAAGACGGCUCCGGCAAGUGCCAAGUCCAAAGCAUUUUGGAUGUGUACCCGUCGAGUGCUCAGUGGGGGGUCAUGCCCAUUGUUUCCCCCAGCUGGCCCGUUGUCGUGAAUCCCUUGACCCACAAGGUGUACCGAUUAGAUGCUCUCGUCGGAAAAACCACGACGUCGGAGGUGCCCGCCGAUCCCGCAACAGGGCGGCCGGCAGCCACGCUGUUGGACGAGGCGGAGUCGAUUCUCGUGCGAAUCAACCUGCGCGGCGAGACGUCGUGGAAACCGUACACAGCGGCGUUCGAAAAGCUGGUCCUCGACUACGUGCUCGGGCAGGACUUUGGCCCGGGGAUUUCAGUGACGCCCAAGGCGGAGCGGUCUUCGUACGAUGAACUGAGGCGCGUGUCGACCUUGGAUCUCGCAGAGUGGUUCCGCCUCUGUGGAGCGGUUCUGGUUGUGUUCUUGUACACAUCGGUCGUGAACAGUUCAAAGACGUAUCGCACAAAGCUCGUGCCUUCCGCGAUGGGGGCCCUCGCGAGCCUUUUGGGGUAUCUGGGUGGCGCGGGAGUCGUGUACCUCUGUGGCAUCCGGCACACCACUCCUGCGGAGGCGACUCCCUUUCUCGCCAUGGGGAUUGGCGUGGACGAUCUGUUUGUCAUUCUUAACGCGUACUCACUGACCUACCUCCAUCCGAACCCGAAGGAACGCGUGGUGGACGCCGUCAGAGAUGCAGGUUUGUCCAUCACAAUCACGACGCUGACAAAUGUAGUCACCUUCAUCAUCGGCGCUCUUUCGCCGUACUACAGCAUUUCCAUGUUUUGCAUCGUCACUGCGGGCGCACUCACGUGGGGCUACGUCAUGUGUCUCACGUUCUUCCUCGCCGGGCUGAGCUUGGACGCUCGCCGCGAAGCCCGCAAGGAACCGCUCUCUUACUCUCUGUUUUGGCGGUUCUUGCCGCGAGGCUGCCGGAGACACAGCUACGAGCCUCAGCCGUCCCCCACGUUGCCGUUAACUGCGGAUGCUUCUGGACUCGAGGAGCGAGUCGAGAGCGAAGAGACUGUCACGGCGGACCAGGUCCCCCCCAAACACGGAGAAGAUCUCCUGACGACCUACCAGCUGGCCGCUCUGAUGGUGCUCUACAAGAAAUAUGCACCAAGUCGCACUGCGCAACGGGGCCGGUGGGUGUUGGACCUCCGCGUCAGGGCUGGGAGUGGAGACAUGGACAGCACGCCUGCGCCCGGUGCGGAGAAGGAACGCGGCGAGGCGACAAACCAUGAAAUCUGUGGAACGCCGCUUCCCGCCGGGACUGACAAACUGCGGGAACGGGAAGGGAGCGAGGCGCCAGCCCGAAGGCGGCUGUCGUCUCACAUACGCGCCAUGACCACACAGGAGUCUCUGAUGCUGAUGAAAGACUUUGCAAACGAAAUGGACCGGAACCCAGAGAACCUUCUGAAGCUGUACCAUCCUGAGCCCCUCGGAAAUCCAGGAAGAGGUUCUCGACGCUUUUUAGGAAACACGUUUGUCAAGGCGAUGGUUCUUGCGGUCUUCGCGGCAGUCACUGCGUUGGCCAUUUACGGCGCCACGACCCUCAAAUUCGGUUUAUCCCUGAAACACAUAACUCCGCAGCAUUCGUACUUGCGGGAUUUCUACGACUUGCACGAAGAAAUGUUCUCCAGAUACGGGGAGGAGGUCACCGUCUUUUUCGCGGAGAACGACCGAUGGGAAGACCGCGACGUGCAGAUCCGAUACCUCGAGAUGGUGAAGGAGCUCUCCGAACAGGAGUGGGCUGUCGUUGUCACUGAUGGCAUGUCGCUGUUUUUGCAGCACGCGAUGUCCUCCCUGCACAGCGGCAAUCGAACAGAGUUCGUGGCUUCGCUGAAAGCGUGGUUGGAAGGCGACCCUGUGGGGCAGAACUUUAACACCUUCUUUAAAUUUUCCUCGGACAACUUGAGCGUGUGGCAGUUCCGCUACUGGAUGCCCCACAAGGAUAACACCACGACUCUCUACUACUGGCUGAAGGAAGGAAAGGACAUUGUCAGCGCCGGAAAGCCGUACUUCCACGGCGAGGUCCACACAGCCUUGGCGGUUAUUUGGGAGUCAGACCCCAAAAUUCUGCCGUUCACCCUCACGAACCUCGCGAUUGCCCUCGUCUGCAUUCUCGCGAUCUCAUUGUUGCUGAUUCCCAAUCUGACGUCGGCCGGCAUCGUCGUUGUCGUUGUUUCUCUUGUCGACCUCUGGCUCUUUGGCUUCAUGGCGCUCAUUGACUUGCCUCUGAGCAUGGUUAGCAUGGUCAAUCUCCUCAUCUCCAUAGGCUACAGCGUGGAUUUCACCAUCCACGUCGCGCAUACCUUCACGCACUGCGUCGGCACGAGCAGAAAAGACCGAAUGGUCGAGACCAUGAUUGUCAUGGGAGCGCCUGUGACGCAUGGAAUGCUGUCCACGUUGUUGGCGGUUGUCGCGCUUGCGGGGUCGCCGAAAUACAUUCUCGAGGUUUUCUUCAAAAUGAUGCUUAUGGUCAUUGUCUUUGCCUACACCGCAGGCAUGGUGCUCUUGCCGGUUGUCCUCACUCUGUUGGGACCGCUUCACUCUCACGGGAGCAAACACGGAAACGCCAAGGCCUGUGACGGCGCAGUUCAGCUGAUAAAUAUGGACUGCCGCGAUGGAGCGGGGGAGAAGGAAUGCAGCGUCGGGGUCUGA